GAUGCGGAUGAGAAUGAGAUGAGUGGAGGAGCAACAGAGGAAGUAGGAGGCACAGUCCGUGGUAGCUGCUCAUAACUCACUGCAACUGUGCGUUGUAGUGACAACUGGACUCUGACUGAGCAGCAUCUGAACUCUUCUUUUCACUCACAAGUUGUGGUCCUUUUUCGCCACUUUUGUGUAUGAGCGUUGUUAGCGUUUUACUACCUGCACUAUGGUCCAAGUUUGUCGGUGUAACACUAGCCUACUUAUCUGCUGAACAGGUCUCAAGAGGGACACAUUCCCUGCGCUUCUUCCUCUGUUUAUUUACAUUUAUUUGAAAAACUCGGUCAACAUGAUGAUAAUUAUUGCGGAGUUCUUCGUGGUCAUUUUGAAGGUGCUCUGGGCUUUUGUAACGGCCGGGGCUAAAUGGGUUGUGCGGCCCAAGGAAAAGAGCGUGGCGGGACAGGUGUGCGUGAUCACCGGAGCUGGAAGCGGCCUCGGGCGGCUCUUCGCCAAGGAGUUCGCCCGGAGACGAGCCAUACUGGUGUUGUGGGACAUAAACAGCCAAAGCAAUGAGGAAACAGCGGAGAUGGUGCGGCAGAUAUACCAUGAAAUUGACACUCCCAUUACCAAAGACGGACCUGUUGGAGGGGUAGAGGAGGUCCCUCCUUUCCAGCCCCAGGUCUACACCUAUGCGUGUGAUGUGGGAAAGCGUGAGAGUGUGUAUUCUACAGCUGAGAAGAUGCGUCGAGAGGUGGGAAAUGUGGACAUACUGAUCAACAAUGCCGGCGUCGUCUCCGGUCAUCACCUUCUGGAGUGCCCCGAUGAGCUGAUCGAGCGCACCAUGGUGGUCAACUGCCAUGCACUCUUCUGGACCACCAAGGCGUUUCUCCCCAAGAUGUUGGAGCUGAAUCAUGGUCACAUUGUGACGGUUGCCAGCUCCCUGGGUUUAUUCAGCACAGCUGGAGUGGAGGAUUACUGCGCCAGUAAAUUCGGUGCCAUUGGGUUCCACGAGUCACUGAGCCAUGAGCUGAAGGCCUCAGAGAAGGAUGGCAUCAACAUGACUCUGGUGUGCCCUUACCUGGUCGAAACGGGAAUGUUCAAAGGCGUCAGGAUAAGGAAGGAGAUUGAGCCUUUCCUGCCUCCCCUGAAGCCAGAGUUCUGUGUGAAACAGGCCAUGAGGGCCAUUCUCACUGACCAGCCCAUGAUCUGUACACCUCGCAUUGUCUAUAUGGUCAACUUCAUGAAAAGCAUCCUGCCCUUCGAGGCCAUUGUGUGCAUGUACCGGUUCCUGGGCGCCGACAAGUGCAUGUACCCCUUCCUAGCUCAGAGAAAGGAGGCCAUGAACAACAAUGAUGCGAAGAAUGGGAUCUAGGGGGCGGUGUUUGUAACACGAACAGAGGCACAUAAACCUGCAAGCAUGAGGAAACAACCACUGAGGACGAAAAUGGGGAAGAUUGAAGAAAAGACUGAAUCUAGACUGGUGCACUUGCAUUAAGCAAAUGCAAAGGUUUACCAUAUUGUUCCUCUGGAACAAAGAAAGCUGUGUACUACACAAAGGAUUUAUUUGACUUUGUUUUGUCUUUUUUUUAAAGUUUGUUUAAAGAAACCAACAUCUAUAUACUGUGUCACUAGUUUUUGAAAUCAUACAGAAAAGCUAUCCUAUAAUUAACUAUUUACGUAAUGUAGUCACCAGCCUUAUCUAGUGUCAUUGUGGAAAUAUACAGUAUGUUACUGUACAAACAGUAACAUUUUGUUUUUCACUUUUAUUUUAUUUUUGUAGACAUGCACUGUAAUUUCAGAUUGUUCAGCUUUCUCUGUGUAGGAAGGUUCAAUGCAUUUCAAACUACCCAAGGUCUCCCCAUGCAGAGGCUCUUUUUUUUUCAGACAGUCAGGAAAUUGGUUUGCAGCUUAAUAAGGCUCUGAUUAUAGCUUGUGCCAUUUUAAACAAAGCUAGAUGAAUAUGUCAAAGUUUACCAUAUUCCAUUGUUGUUGUUAAAUACUUAGACAUGUAGCAUAUAUGUUGAUAAUGAAGUCUACACAUUCCAAAUGGGACAUUUAAAGGCCAGACUGUGGCCCAGGAGUUUCAGCCAGUGUAAUGGGACUCAACAUUGUCUCUUUAAUGGCCCUGUUAUUUCAGGUCUGUAUUGACGAACCUCUCAAAUGAAAAGCGGACGGGGGAGUCAUGUCCUGGGAUGAACUAGCAUGUGUGACACAUUCAGAAUGUACUGCUUUGGUAGAUUUUAAUUUGUCUUUUAUUUUCAAGAUCUGUGGUGUUUAUAUUGUAAAUUUAUCUGUUACCAAUAUUUAAAAAAAAAAAAACAAAAAGAAAAAAAAAAACAAUCCCGACAUAACUCCAGAACCGCUGUCCCAACACUGAUGUGUGGUUGAGGGAAAUGUAUUACACACUAGCUUUCCAUUAUUCUUUCCAAAGUAACAUUAACUCUCCUGUCCAUUGUUCACCUUGUCCAGUUAAAGUAAAAUGUAAAUGUUUAAAUGUUGUGAAUACCCCCAGUAUCCCAAAAUGACUGUCUCCACCAUAUUUGAUGUAUGAAUAUUUUAUAUACCUUUUUGGGACAACAAGAGUUUUUGAAUUACAACUACAUUCCAAUAGGCAUCAUCCCUUCAGUCCGUGAUGAGCCUAAAUUCUCUACCUCUUAAUUUUGCCUUUUUUUUUUUUGACAGUAUGACAUAAGCCUUUUUUGUUUUUAUUUUCUGAAGAGCGCUCCAUAGCAGAGCAAAUGUGGUUCCAAUGUUUAGUGUCUCUACCUAACUUAAAUUAAUAAAAGUGAUUUUAGAUUAUUAAA